CUCAGGGAUCUUAGGUAACAUCGGGUGCUGCAAUGGCAAGUGCACCUGGACCAAAGAACAUGAUCAAAGACAAACACUUUGUGGACCAUCACCGGACGGCCCUGAUCGACAGAGUGACCCAGGUGGAACCCAUCUUGGAUAGACUCCUGGAGAGGGGAAUCAUCACCACAAACACCUACAGUGAAGUGAGGGCUGGAAAAAAAAAACAGAAAAGGAUGAGGGAGCUCUUCAAUGGCCCUGUGAAAGCAUGUGGGCCCGAAGGCAAAGAUAUAUUCUUAGAUAUCCUGAUGGAUCUGGAGCCAUGGCUAAUCAGUGACCUGAAGGGGGAAUAAUGGGGAAAGGGGCCAUUUGAGAUUUUUUUUUAAGGCAAGGGAGAAAAAAUGUGAUGAUAAUAAUUUACUCUGUUUUACAGUAUAUUCUUAAAUUGGAAAAAUUAAUUGGCUCCUAAGUUUGCAAUAAAUGAAAAAAAUAUAUAUGUUUACCGCAGUUUAGUGAAUACAGGCUACCAUCCACAUUUGGCUGUCUGUAGAUGCAGAUGCGAUAAUACCGCGUUCACGUGAUAGUCUGAACUAGGAAACUGCCUUUUCCGAAAUGCAGUUCUAAGGAAUUCUGACUGUGUCUUUUUUAUUUUUGGGAGGACACAUCAUCCAUUUAAAAAAUGUAGGCUACUUGCACAAAAUGUUAUGUUUGUAGG